GUGGCGUUUUGGACAAAAGAGAAAAGCUGAAUGCGAACUUUAGUUGAAAUUAUUAUAUUUUAUAACUAGUCCAAAAUGACCACUCUAAAUAUAUUAUAUAGUUGUUUAUCUCUUCUUUUUGUUCUGCGAUCUUCAUAUUGUUAUUUUAUAACCAUUGACGCUCAUGGAGAGGAGUGUUUUCAUGAUAGAGUAAACUCCGGCACCAAGAUGGGCCUCAUAUUCGAGGUUGCAGAAGGCGGAUUUUUAGACAUAGAUGUUAAGAUAACGGGUCCUGAUCAAAAGGUGAUCUAUUCUGGAGAAAGAGAAACCAAUGGAAAGUAUACAUUUGCUGCUCACAUGGAUGGAGUGUACAACUACUGUUUCAGCAACAAAAUGUCAACUAUGACACCUAAGAUAGUCAAAUUUUCAAUGGAUAUUGGAGAACCACCAAAAGAUACCAGUAAAGAUGAUAAUGCCAACCAUGAUAAGCUUACUGAGAUGGUGAGUCAGUUAUCUGAAGCCAUGACAGGAGUCAAACAUGAACAGGAAUACAUGGAAGUUAGAGAGAGGAUUCAUAGAUCAAUUAACGAUAAUACUAAUAGCCGUGUGGUCUGGUGGUCAUUCUUUGAAUCUCUGGUUCUUGUUGCAAUGACUCUUGGUCAAGUGUACUACCUCAAGAGAUUCUUUGAAGUCAGAAGAGUUGUUUAAUUUCUACAUUUACAAAACUGUUUCACCUGAUAUUAACUAAUGCAAGUGGGUACUGUGAACCAGUCUUGUGUAUAAGAUCAUAGUACUGGACGUUUUACUUGAAUUUCUUGUCCAUUGUGAUAAACAGUCGGCUAUACAACUAGCAAGUCAUGCAUACUAAGAUCAUUAUAUCUUUCAUCUUGUGUUAUUUAAUUAGCUCUCCAUCACCUGCGAAACAAAUUGUUUCAUAGUUUCUACUAAUUACGAUACAGAAAAAUACAGUAAACUACUCCUUCCUGGAUGGAGAGCUAUUUGAAUAAGUCUCCUUGUAACAAGAUUGAAAAAAAGUCAAAGAGGAUAUAAGAACAAUUGCCUAAGUAGAUAAUUUUUUUAAUUAGAAGUGUGUAAAGGAGGAAGUGAUGAUGUGUUUAAUUGAAAAUUAUAAUUGGAUAACCAGUAAUCUUGAAACAAUACAAGCCAGGAUGCUUUCUCUUGUUUUUAAUGUCCUCAUGUAAGGGACACAAAAACAAAAGAAACAGCCAGGGCUCUAACUUUGUAAUAUAGAUAGAUUCUAUGUCUAUUACGGGAAGCUGUUAUCAUGAUUCUCAAUGGGGGGAGGGUGGGGGAGAAUUUUGUUUCUGAUAUAAUGAAAUUCCAAUUACUCUUGAGUUCAUGCCAGCAGAAUAUAAAGUAGCAUUUGAUAACCUUGAUGCUUUGGACGUUUAUUUUCUCUUAUUAAGGCAAAUCUCCAGAAACUGCUAUGUAAACUUGUUAGGCUUAACAUUCACUCCCUGAUUCCACCCACCAUUGCAUGAUUUCAUUAUUUUUGAAGUUAUCACACUGGUUAUAAUGAUUUUAUUUAACUUACAAAAGAAAGUUGCCUCCUGAACGUAGUAAUUCUAGUUAAGACAGUGGAAAUAUUCAGUAUUCUGUGGGGCAUUCAUAAUGACAGUAGUUUAAAACUGUCACUGUACAAAAAAUCUAAUGUUAUUCAUAUAGAAAAGCAAAUAAAAUAACAUUUGUCAGCAAAAAUAAAUCUUUUUGGAUUAAUUA